CAGGACGUCGAGCUAACUGCGUUGAGCCCUGCCCGUCUGUCGCCCAGCCAGCCAGCGAACGAGCGAGCGGCCGCCGCGGGACGGAGUUGGAGUUUGUCAAGUGGCGUCUGGCGCUCAAGAGGAGGCCGCUGCCAGACGAGGAAGCCGCCCGCCCGGCUCAAGAAAGCUCGCUCUUUUCUCUCUCUGUCUCUCCCCCUCGCCUCACUGCCCCGCUCCGCUCUUCCUUCGCCAUGGCCGAGGCGCCUCACCCCGUGGAGACCGACCCUGAUUUCCAGCCGCUGGCUCGCCCGAGGUCCUGCACUUGGCCUCUGCCCCGUCCGGAGCUCGCCCCGUCCAGUCCGGGACAGACGCCCACUGCAACUCCGGCCAGGGCCGCGUCUCCGUCCCGCUGCGGGCUGGUUACGGCCCUGGGCGCCUCCUCCUCCUCCUCCUCCUCCGCCGGCGGUGACCUGCUGAGUUUGCUGGAAGCGGGCGGAGGCGACGGCUUCGAGGCGGGCAGCUCCGGAGCGGGAGACCUCGGACUUUCAGGCGGUUGCCUUUGCGGGGAGUUCCCGUGCCUUCAGCACCCGCCGCCGCCGCCGCCGCAGCAGCAGCAGCAGCAGCAGCAACAACAUGCAGGGCCCGCCGCCUUGGCCUCCGUGACGGGCCCUCGCAAGAGCAGCUCUUCCCGCCGCAACGCUUGGGGCAACUUGUCCUACGCGGACCUCAUCACGAAGGCGAUCGAAAGCGCCCCGGAGAAGCGGCUCACUCUCUCCCAGAUCUACGAGUGGAUGGUCAAGAACGUGCCGUACUUCAAGGACAAGGGGGACAGCAACAGCUCCGCCGGAUGGAAGAACUCAAUCCGUCACAACCUCUCUUUGCACAGCAAGUUCAUUAGAGUACAGAAUGAAGGAACGGGAAAAAGCUCUUGGUGGAUGCUUAAUCCAGAAGGAGGCAAAAGUGGCAAGUCACCCAGGAGGAGGGCUGCCUCCAUGGACAACAGCAGCAAGUUUGCAAAAAGCCGAGGGAGGGCUGCAAAGAAAAAAUCCGCUCUUCAAGCAGGUCAAGAUGGAAAUGGCGACAGUCCAGGAGCGCAGUUCCCGAAAUGGCCUGCGAGCCCCAGCAAUCAUAGCAACGACGACUUUGAUAAUAACUGGAGUACUUUUCGACCUCGAGCCAGUUCAAAUGCUAGUACUAUUAGUGGAAGACUUUCCCCAAUUCUGCCAGAACAAGAUGACCUUGGGGAAGGGGACGUGCAUUCCCUGGUCUAUCCUCCAUCAGCAACCAAAAUGGCCUCAACCCUGCCGAGCCUUUCUGAAAUGAGUAGUUCCGAAAAUAUGGAAAACCUACUGGAUAAUCUCAAUCUUUUGUCUCCAAAUACAUCAUUGGCUGGGUCUACCCAAUCGCCACCUACUACCAUGAUGCAACAAUCCACUGGUUAUUCAUAUACAUCGUCCAGUACAAAUAUAGGUUCAGCCAAUGCAGACUACAGGAAGUACAGUUAUGCUCAGCCUAGCAUCAAUUCUUUGUCCCAGAUGCCUAUGCCGACAAUUCAGGACAAUAAAUCGAGCUAUGGGACUCUGAACCAAUAUAACUGCCCAGGACUUCUUAAGGAGUUGCUUACUUCUGAUUCACCGCCACAUAAUGACGUCUUAGCCUCAGUAGAUACUCAUGUUUCCCAGCCUAAUAGCCGAGUGCUGGGACAAAAUAUACUAAUGGUCUCUAACUCUGCAAUAUCACCAUAUGGCAACCAGCAGUCCCACAACAAAAUCAUUGCCCCCAGUGCUCACUCUCAUCAAGGACACGUCCAACCCACAGCAGUUAUAAACAGCCAUACCUUGUCUCUCACCCUUAGCGCUGUGUCUCACGCUUCAAAUGUGACGCAUUCAACCUCAGCAAAAAACUCAGUCCAGGGGCUCAUGAGCCACCCCAUGCAAGUGAAUAGCAUAAGCCCCUUCACCACAGUGAACAGCUGUAAUGGGUAUGGAAGAGUGGGAAUUGUUUCUUUCCAUCAGGAGAAGCUGCCUAGUGACUUAGAUGACAUGUUCAUUGAACGAUUGGACUGCGAUAUGGAAUCAAUAAUCCGUAAUGAUCUGAUGGAUGGGGAAACGUUAGAUUUUAACUUUGACAGUGUGUUACCUAACCAAAGUUUGCCACACGGUGUUAAAACAACAACACAUAGCUGGGUGUCAGGAUAAGACUGGAAGGUUACAGCUUAAAGUGCUUUAGACAUCUCUGACUACAAGAACUGCAUAUGCAUAAAGAAGUCCAAAGACGUUCUUCAUCUUCUUUGCAUUUUCUUGUAUAAUUUUUUUCUCUUGUCAGUCUUGGCUGCUGAUCUCUUUCUCUCUCUCUUUUUUUUUUUGUACAAAUAUUUGCUGCCAGAUACUUGCAGGUUAUUCGCUGCUGAAAGUAAGGAAUGUGCCAUUGGAAGUGUCUUUAUUUGGAAGUGCCAAACUUAUUAUUAUGUAAUAGAAAAGCAGAAGAUACCUGACUGUAUGCUGCAGCUUUCCCCGAAUAGAUGGCUUCCAGAUGUAUUACAUUUCAAAUCCCAUAAUCCCUGCUGACAUGGCCGCAGUAUGGGCAAAGUGGUGUAUAGAAUAAGCUGUAGAAGUAAUCUUAAUUUCUAUAAGAACAUAUUAGAUUUAUUAAAAUCAUGGAACAUGGUUGAACAGCUUGAUUAAUUUUCUUUUGGUGAGUUAAAGUUGCUGUAAAUUUCAUAUGUGACAAACCAUUGAAUAUAACCCAACCAAAGUUUUGGUAUUCAGAUUUCUACAUUAGAGAGUAUAUUGAGAAGCUUUGUAUGCAUAUGGAGUAGAUUUAUUUUAGAGCUCAUUUCCAGACUGAUUAAUUUUAUUAAUAAAAUGUAAAAUUUGUAAUACAUCUAUAACUAUUUUCUUACAUUUGCUGUUUUACAAGCUUCUUAAAAAUAUGCAGAAUCCAAUACUUUAAAGACAUUCAGCAUAUUUUAUGCACAGUAUUUUAACAAUUUAAGAGGAGAGAAUUUUUAUUAGCAUUCUGUAAGAUUUAUAAGAGAAGGUUUUUACAUAUAAAAUUUCUGGUUUUUAUCUGGCAUGAGGAUGAUCUGUAUUCUUAGUA